GUGACAUGCAGCCCCAUACAGAAGAGAACAGCAUCAAAAAAGAGUGGUGGAGAAAUGUUCUGCCUCUUCAAGGUGAAGAUGUUCAGCAUGUUUAUAGCACAUUGAAUUCUUUUUUCACCAUUAAUGGGUCCACAACAAAAGCUUUGAUUACAUCACCGGGGAAAGACUUUUCCAAACUUGAACAACAUCUCUCUCUUUUACAUGUGAAGAUCCAGCCCCAAAACCAUGGAGAUGACCCAGCUGGAGGGGUCAUCGAAUGUAAACCUCACAUCAACAUCAAUCCCUCCCGUAACAACCAACACUUCUCCACCAUAUAGUGAACCUUAUUUACACAGAUUUGUCCACCUGGAUGAAGGCCUCUAUAAUGAUUUUUACAGCCUGUGGAUUGCUCUGGUGGUCAUCAACACCCUCAUCUUUAUGGUAGGGAUGACCCUCAACAGUCUGGCCUUGUAUGUCUUCUGCAUCAGGACUAAACCAAAAACUACACCAGUCAUCUACACCAUUAACCUGGUAGUGACAGAUCUGCUGGUCAACCUCUCCCUUCCAACUCGUAUCAUAUUGUACUGCAGUGGGGGGAAGUGUCUCAACUGUACCUAUUUGCACAUAUUCAGCUACUUUGUCAACAUGUACUGUAGUAUCCUCUUUCUUACUAGCAUCUGUGUGGAUCGCUACUUGGCCAUCGUACAAGUGGAGGCCUCACGGAACUGGAGAAGCCCCAAUGUGGCCAAAUUGGUGUGUGUCUGCAUUUGGCUGUUUGCCAUCAUUGUGACUUACUCAUUUCUCACAAUGGCUUUUAAACACUCAGCCUACUGCCUCUCCAAACUCUUUGUGUUGACCAUAUUUGAGUUCUUCCUGCCAAUGGUGAUCAUUGUAGUGUUUACUAUUAGAAUCAUGUGUGCCCUAUCAAGCCCAGGCCUUAUGCAGCAAAGCCGCGACAGACGCAUGAAAGCCGUACAGCUGCUCUCAACAGUGCUGGUGAUCUUCACCGUCUGCUUCACGCCAUUUCAUGUCCGUCAGGUUCUGGUCUACUUCCAUCCUGACCUGCCCCAUCAUGUGAUCAUGUACCAUGUGACCGUCACUCUCAGCAGCCUAAACAGCUGUUUGGAUCCUGUGGUCUACUGUUUCAUCACCACUAACUUUAAGUCAACCAUGAAGAGAUUUUCCAGGAAGACCGAAAAAGAGCAGACAAGUGGCGACAUUAUCAGUGUAAAAAAAAGUUCUAAGGGUUCAGGCACAGUGAUUGCUAUUGCUCAUAGUAUGAUAAGGAUAAACAUAAGCCCUGCCCAGCAGGAAAGCCAACCAGCAUAAAGGAUUGUAGCAGAUACAGUAGUGGCCUGUACAGUAUUUAAAUGGUUGCCAUUACCAUGUUAUACUAAGGCAAAACCACUGACACAGAUGGACGUUUAGAUUAAUUUGAGUUCCUUUAUGAACUGUAAAUAUCUAAACGUGGUAAUUAAGUGAUUUUACAUGCUGAAUUUGCACUCGCUUUCAAAUGUGCCGCAGUUAUACUACUGUACGUUCAUCAACGUUACACUAAAAAGCGAAGUAACAAUGCUAAAAUAAUAGCAUUCCACAACAUUUUAAAGCUUGUGAUUUUAGAGCAUAGGUAACUGUAAAAUAGUGGUAACCUGU